AUGUUUUUGCUAGUCGUAGACGCUCACAGUAAAUGGCCAGAGGUCAUUCCCAUGAGGUCUACAACAGCAGCAAAUACCAUUCGGGUGUUGAGGUGUUUGUUUUCGAGAUAUGGCCUUCCCCAUGAAGUGGUAUCUGAUAAUGGACCACAAUUUGUUGCAGAGGAUUUUGCUGUGUUUUUGAAGAAGAAUGGCAUCAAGCACAUCAAGUCAGCAGUGAAGCACCCAGCUUCGAACGGCGAAGUUGAACGUUUUGUUCAGACCUUUAAGAAGGCUAUGAAGAAAGCCAAACCGGAUGGGGGUGAUGUACAUCUGAAGUUAGCUAGGUUCUUGUUGUCAUACAGGACCACUCCUCAUGUGGUGAUCCAAGAAACACCGUCAAAGAUGUUCAUGGGACGAGACUUGAGGACACGGCUGAGUCAAGUGAGACCUGAUUUAGGCUUGAAACUACAGCAGAAGCGAGCUCUGAAAAAAGAUAGAGUGAGAAGCUUUGAGGUUGGUGAACGAGUGAGAGUGUUAGAUUUUCGGAUUCAUUCUGAAAGAUGGUCAGAAGGUAUGGUGACCAGAGUCCUUGGUCCUGUGACUUAUCAAGUAGUGGUAGAUGGUAUUCGGUGGAAGAGGCAUGUCGACCAGAUAAGAAGGAUGUCGCAGUGUGUAGAUUCAAGGGCAGAGCCACUCAGACAAACGGUACCGAACACAGACAUAUACAAUGACAGAGACACCAUCACAAGAGCCUUGACAGACGAAGACAUACCAAACACACACACACAUCUCAUUCACCUAAGAAAAUACCUCAGACCCAAGACAAAAGUUACACAGAACAACAGCAACACACAGAGCAAAACCUCCGUCGUUCAAAACGUCACAUCAGUAAACCAGAUAGUGUUCUAA